AUGGCGGACAAGCACAUCCGAAAGAAACGGUACCGGUCGGUGAUAGCCUUUUUGGUGUUCUGUCUCAUGCUUGUCGCUUUGUGCACCAGUAAGAUCUCCCUUGUCUGGCUCAUGUGGCUUCACACUACAGAACAGAUCAGCUCUGCAACAUGGUACAUUUCCAUCACCAUUCUAAUGAUGGCACCAACCGUCUUCACAUUACUCCACAUAUUCUGGACAACCUCUUUCAUAGCCGUUACCCAUUGGACGAAAUGGCCGAAAGCUCCUAACAUGCUAUUGGGUCUACUCUCCAGCGUCUUGGAAAUGGGAGCGACGGCUUUGUUCAUAUUCGAGGUGGCACCAGGACUACCGCCUAACAGCGUACUUCCGGUUAUGAACACCAUUUAUGUUGUCCCAAUUUUGUACCACGUCUUCAAGAAAUACCACAAUCAAUCGUGUAACGUUUAUUGGCAAUCAAGCAAUGGGGACGGUCUGGAAAAGUUGAAACUGAAGGAAAGGAAAUCCCGAGUAAUAUUAAAGUUCAUCGUGGGUUCUAGCAUGUUGGUAUUAGCGUCUAUCGGCUCCUACGUUUUGUACUGGUUCGUGCCCCAGCAUCUCCAGCUUGCACAGGCUAUACUCCUACCACUGAUGCUAUUUUUUCUGUCCCUCAUCUGGAUGCCUCAGAUUCAAACCGACGCCAUUAGGUCUUCCAAUGGGACUUUCGAGGGCCGAUGGAAAUCCACGGGACUGUACUCAGCUAUGAAACUGGUGAUCUCGCCCGUGAUUGUGUACUUGAUUUUAAUUUAUCGCUUCCAUGACUUGCGUGGACCGUACCUCAAUGACUUUUUGUACAGGGGUUUCCUUGAACUGGGACGUUUGGAUGUCUUGUUGCCGUUGAUGGGCAACAUCGUCGCUGGUCUGUUGACCAUGCUCAUGGCUUUCAUAGCCUCGACUUUGGGGCUGUCAACCAGCGGAUUAUUCCUGCCGGCCUUGGUGUCGACACCUCUCUCUAUUGGCGCCUUAACGCUUGUCUGUUACUUUGGAUAUGGCGUACCCGCAGCUGUGUGCGUUUUAGGUGACGGCGCACCAGCUUGGUGCUUCUUGGCAAUGUCUGUAGUCAUCUGGAUUUUCCCGUUCAUUUGCUGCGGAGCCAGUUUAUCUAAGCCGUGCGCAGUGCUGCUGAAACCUUUCCAUCAAAUGUUCAUCCAGUUAUACUGGAGUAACAUUUAUCUUGAGCAGCACGUUCUGUUGAACUAUUCACCGCAAGGAUUUACGUCAAACGGGAACACAUACGCCAAGGAGUCUAGUUUCUCCAAGAACAAAAUCUUCGUAUGCACCACGAUGUAUCGAGAGGCGGAUUUCGAAAUGAGGCGAUAUUUGCUCAGCUUAUGUAGGGUUUCCUGCUCACAAAAGCUGCAAAAUAUCUACAUCGAAGCGCACAUAUUCCUGGACAAUGGCUCCGAGGGUACGACCAUGACGGCUUCCGCUCAGCGUUUGAACAGGCUGCUGCUGGAGACUGUUGGUGUGGACCCGAACCACGGUGCAGGAUACAAGACACCGUACGGCCUGCAGAUACGGUGGAUGCUUCCAGGCGGUGUUCCUUUGUUCAUGCAUUUAAAAGACUCCAACAAGUUCAAACCGAAAAAGCGUUGGUCGCAAGUGAUGUAUAUGAACUACAUUCUAGAUUACCGAUGCAAGAUUGUACACGAGUUGGAAAUGUUGUCCAAGUCGUCACCCGAAUAUAGAGAGCAGUUUGCUGACAGUGUAUCAUCACAUUUUAAACACGCCAAUGGUUUAAGGACACCUGAUUCUCCUGGGCGGACGUCGGGAUUAGGCGCGCAUAAGGAUGUGGAGAAAGAACUAAUUCAACUUGCGAGACUGUUAAAAGAUCGGGACAAGUCUAACACGAAAGACUGGAAUACGCACGCAAUUUCGUUAUCCGUAUCGAAACUGAUUCGUGUCCUGCGCUCCGACGACAUUCGGACAACGCUCCAAAAGUUCAGCAAUGCCUACCCGGUCGACAUGGAAUCCUUGAGCGAAGACUCAACUACCGACGACGUCACGGAAAAUUCUGACGCGUACACGGUGUCACGUGAAAGUUCGGAAGAGGCAGACGACAUCUUUGAUUCUGACACUGACCUUUCCGCGGGCUCUUCCGCAUUUGUCAGUUUUAACGGGGAAUGUGAAAAAUACACCCGAACCCCUCUAUCUCGCCUGGCUUACAGAAAUAGGCAAGAUGGCGACCACUUUCAUGGGAAAGUUGGAAUUAAUAAUUUAGGAUUCAUCGGAAACACCACUAGCUACAACUUGAAACCGGUUCAGAGAAAGAUAAAGCCAAUCGUGCUUCCACCGAUGCAUUUGCCAGCAAAAGCCAGGGCUUCAGUAUCGAGGGCAAAUCUACUGGAAGACUGGGGAGAAGAAAACGAUUCCUUUAGAUCGCCUAGCGAGGACUUGUCAGGUAUAGGGCUCUACACCAUAGGAGAACACAACGACUACGCCACACUACCAGACCUACCCCAACGUUCGCCACAGCAACAGUACUACGAUGACCACACGUUUAUUCUGGCCACGGACGCCGACAUGGAAUUUGAUGAAUCCAGUGUACGCCAUGUUUUGAAUAUCUGCAACCAAAAUAAAAUCGUCGGAGGUGCCUGUGGCCGUACACAUCCUAUUGGACAGACGACCCGACCAAUCGUAUGGUACCAGAAAUUCGAGUACGCCAAAGAUUUCUGGAUGAUCAAGACUGCGCAAAACGUCAUAGGCUGUGUAAUGUGUUGCCCCGGAUGUUUCAGUCUCUACCGCGCGGCCGCAGUUCGCGACGUCAUGCAUUCCUACAGUCAACCCACCAACUCGCCGUUUGACGUCUUCAUCAAAGAUAACGGAGAAGAUCGUUGGAUGUGUACACUGAUGAUGCUGAGCGGCUGGAAGCUGGAGUACACCUCCUACUCGGACAACUCCACGUACUGCCCAGACACUUUCCUGGAAUUCCUCAAACAGCGGCGCCGCUGGGUGCUCUCCGAGAUGUCCAACCUUCUCCUGGUGUUCAAGAACCUUCGCCUGAUGGCGCAGAAGAACGCCAGCUUUUCCAUCGUCUACAUGGCCUACAUCCUGCAGAUGUUCAUGUUGGUAGUUCUCUCCCCUUCCUUCUCCAUAAUGAUGAUGACUGCAGCACUUGACAUCAUCUUCGGCGUGACGUUUGAGAUUACCACGCCCAUUGCCUUCAUCCUCCUCGUCAUCUACAUGGUGAUCUGUUCCACCAAACCCAUCGAGUUCCAGGCCAAGGUGACCCUGGUGGCUACCGUAUUCCUGGGCCUCGUCAUGCUGACCAUCAGUGCAGGUUUUAUGUGGUAUAUGAUCACCGACACACAGGAAGAUCUUAAGGACGGUUACAUCAGUUUCAAGCAAUACUACCUCAUCUUUGUGCUCCUCCUAGCGGUGAUUUACGCAGCCUUCAUUCACAUCGGAGAUGCCUGGAACAUCCUGUACGGAGUUGUCUUCCUUCUUGCUUUCCCUGCCAUGUACAUACUGCUGCCUUUCUAUGCCGUUGCGAACAUUGUCGAUCAGUCCUGGGGAACACGUGAUCAGACGGUGGAGAAGACAGCUGAAAGUAAGGAAGGAGGCAUUCCCGAGGCUGGUGGAAAGUCUUUCAUUCCGUCUGCUGAGCAAAUACCCAGCUUGGACUGUGGACCGGAAGAGCAGAAACAGGAACACAAGUUCUGGGAAGACCUACGCAUGAAACUUCUCGGCCGUGACGUCAACCUGGGAGCAGAUGACGUCACUCUGCGCAGGCAACUGAAAAUUGUCCGUAACCGAAGUUUAGCCUGUAUGAUGUUAGCCAAUCUAUUCUGGCUGGCGUUUCUUAGUGUAAUGUACAUGCUGUUACCGCCGGACAAUCACGUCUUUGGCUUCGUCCUUUGCGGCAUCUACAGCUUUUCGCUGGUCAUACAACUGAUAGGCAUGACAGUGAACAAAUUUCGCACAAUAUUCCGAAAGUUUGUGGUGACAACAUACGGAAGUCGGCAACCCAUAUGGAUUGGUCCGAGGGCCAAGACGAAAACUUGACCUGAGUUGCUGAGAUGCCUUAUACCGGAUGUGGAAUUCUGGGUGAGAAUUCUUAAAGCAUAAUAACCAGCACGUGAUCAUAUUAAAUAGUAACACCGCCGCGUCUCCCUGGUACCACGCGCUAAAUAGGGCGUAAUCAUACUACACUCUGUGAUCGAGACCUUGGCAAAGUUUAUGCCUUGCGCCGUUUUAAGAAAUCAGGUUUUGAAUGUGAAAGGAAAAACUACAGGCGAACAUACAUAAGUUCAGAAGACAUUGAUAGUUAACCUUGGUACGGAGUCGCGCAAAUGACACAUUUUCUACUGGUCAUUGAAAAAAGAGAAUGCAGAAAAGUAUUCUAUUAACGAAGGGAAAACUAUUUACCUGCCAAUUAGCCAACCGGUGAAAAUGGUGAUAACUGAAAUAAGUAUCUCAUUGCCUAAUAAAUCUGGGAAAAUUAAUUUCUCGCGUGAAUGCGGAAUGUUCUUUAUUCUCUUUUUGUGUUUUAAAAAAAUGAGAAUUUUUGUACAAAACACUGUUUACAGGUGAAAAUACUUUCCCCCGAAUUAGCAAAUGGCAAUACUUGAAAUAUUAACUUCUCAUUUACUACUAAGUCGGGGGAAAUUAAAUUAACCUGUGAAAAUAAUUCCCUCCUCUGAACAUUUUUGUAAAUGAAUAAAUUCUCUUUUUUCCAGGAGACAAAACAGAGAAUAAUGACUAUAAAUUACGUUUCCCGGUCUGGGCAGCCAAUGAAAAUCCAUUAGUCCAGAUAUCACCAUUCUAAUUGGUUGCCUAAGUCGGGAGUGAAUAAUCUCCCCCUUCGCCACCCCCCCCCCCCCCCCCCACCCUUCGCGUUAGCAAAAAAGUUUAUUGUCUUGUUCAAUAGUCAAUAAAAAAGAAGUGUCUCCCGCGGUUCCGUAGUGUCUUGAACUUAGCCAACUAAUUUUCAGAUCAUCGUAUGCAUUUAAGGGAGGACUCCACAUCUUGUUUUAAUCCUUUGGAACAUUUGUAUGUCUUUGUAAUUAGGAUGUAAACCAUAGUAAAUCUCUGAUCCCCACCAUUAUUUGUUUUCAAUAAGUCAUAACUACCUUGUUCUGUAUGUUCCCAUCCACUUCAAAGCGAACCAGAGGAAAGCACAAAGUAACUGUUAGACGCCAAUAAUCUUCUUUAAAACUGUGAUGGAUAAUGAAAAAAAUUGAUUUAAAAUUAUGCUGUAUGAUUCUUGUGUAACAGUAUAUAAUGUGUACUUGUGUAACAGUAUGUAAUGUACGAAGUACCGGUUUUUACAUAAUUGAAGAAAUCAACACAUUAUUUCUCACAUG